GUGGUACCGACUCUCUGCCCUCCCAGCCCCGCCCUUAAACGUGGGAUCGUCUUGGCCCCGCCCAGUAACUAUGCCGGUACCCCAAGGUGAAUGGGGAGCCCCCCUACUGACUCCCCUACUCCUGAUAUCGGCUCUGUCCGUGUCCGCACAAGUCUCGGUGAUCGUCGAUAGAGAGGUAAAUGCCAAGUUGGGGUCGGACGCCAAGUUAAACUGCAAAGUGAAAACCCCCGACAUUAUCUCCCAAGUGACUUGGCAGAGGAAGUUGUCGCCCAACAAUGAGAAUUUCCUGACCUACAGCAAAGGGGAGGAACCCAUGCACCUGACUCCGUUUGGGCAGAGAGUGAAAUUUCUGGGCAAUGGGGAUCUGGGAGGCUCCAUACGGAUUCCCAAUGUAACCCUGGCCGACCAGGGCACCUACCUCUGUAUCUUCACCACAUUUCCCGGAGGCACAAAGGAAGCGGAGAUUAAAUUGGUCAUCCAAGUUCCUCCAAAAAUCACUCUGGAACCUACAGAACCAGUAUUAUCCGGACCUUCUCCUUCGCCCAUUGCAGUUUGCCGCGCCUGGGCUGCCAAGCCAGCAGUAAAUAUCACUUGGAUCUUUAGUGAGGCCCGAUACAUUUCAGAAGAGAACUCUACAAACUAUGAAAACGGCACGGUCUCUACCUGCAGUCAGCUGGUAACAGUACCGCUCCCGGGUCACAACGGCCGGAAUGUUACCUGUGUCGUCUCUCAGUCUGACGGGAAGUCCAUGGAGAGCUGGAGUCAGACUCUGACUAUUCAGCACAUUUACUAUGCUCCAGAAGUGAAGGCCAAAGUCAUAGCAAAGGAUGAUGGGACCAUCCAACUGUCAUGCAGAGCGGAUUGCAACCCCCCGGCUACUGAGUUCUUAUGGAAAAGGGAUGAAAUGGAUCUGCCUGAUAAUGAAGCAGAGGAACUGGGGGCCACGCGACUGCUCAGUGCCAAUACCUGGAAGGGAUACUAUGCUUGUGUAGCUGGAAAUGAAGUUGGAUAUUCAUCUGGAUAUAUCUACGUGCAAACAGUCACAGUGCCAGGUACAUGUAAUGUGCAUUAUAUCCCGCUGAUCCUCCUGAUUCCGAGUUUAUUGAUCAAUAUUUACGUCGCUGUUAUACACUACAGGAAUAAAAAGAGGGAGCGUUACAGGAACUCUGAGUGCUGCUUGCGCUUUCGAAGCAACUGUACCCCAAUAUUGCGGCACAUACAGAGAUUAGGCUGUUGCGGGGAGGAUCAUGCAGAAGCACCAACUGACGAUGCAGGCAAUGCAACACUGUCAGUACAGAGGGAUAACCAACAUAUUGACUCACAGGGUGGGCCCUCACCUUCAUCAGAGUUAGGGGGACACGACAGGGGGGCCAGUGGAGCCAUUCUCCAAUGCACUUCUAUGACUAUGGCACGUGACCCUGACUCCAGUGUAGAAGACAUCAGUUAGUGGAUUAGAAGACCCGAAGAUAUACAUCUUGGACUUACAGUGGCCUUCACGUUGAACUACCCAGUUAAUAGUUGCACUGAUAGGAUAGAAUUUUUUUUUUUUUAAACUCUGUUUGUGUUUUGUUUUAGUAGUUAGAAAAGAGUUGUUUUACACUGAAUUUAUGUGAGUUAAAGGUUAAAUGGCAAAAGACAAUCCGGGCUGGUCUUAUAAACUGUGGGGCCCAAUUGGGACCAUUUUUGCGGGGCCCCUACACAAGGUGUUGCCAGCUGGCACAGGGUUCCAGGGCUGGGGGGAAAUAGUCCCUGCCUUUUGCUCUGCGGCUAAUGGUGUAACCCUGCCUUUUCACCUCUCUUUCUCUUGUUCCAUUGGCCCCCAACAUUUCAUGUGGCCCCCAA